AUGAACUUCGCGCUGAACGUGAAGGCGCCAACUGCGCACGAUGACGCGCGCUACUUCGACAGUAGUUGGCAGCAGAUUGGUCAGGACCUGCGCACGCAGCGCUGGAAGACCGUGGUGAAUAUCGACCGUAUGCUGCGCAACCACCACCCACACGAGGUGCUCACUCACGUGGAGCAGAACACCAACUGGAGGGCCAAAACAUUCACGCUGGCGCUCAAGGUGGAACGAAUUAUCUUCGAGGCUGCGGCCUCACGAGAGAGCUACCUAGACGAGAACACGCUGCGUGCUCGUGUUACUCAGGUAUCGCGUCGGCUCAUCGAUCGACGCAAGCGCAAAAACAUGAUCAAAUUCGGCCUCCGCUUACCGCGCCACUUCAUGCUUGCCAAGCAUCAACGACAUUGA